AUGCUAACCAGUUCCACUAAUUUCCAUAACCAAGAUACUGCACAAUUUGUGAACCGAGACUCAACUACAUUCCAAAAUCAAGAUUCCAGUCAGUUUCAGAAGCAGGAUUCCAGUCAGUUUCAGAAGCAGGAUUCCAGUCAGUUCCAGAUCCAAGGAUUGACCCAAUUCCAAAACCAACAGUCUCCUCAGUUUCUGAGUCAAGGUUCAACUAAGUUCCAGAACCAAAAAUCCACUCAGAUACCAGAUUCCAUACAAAUCACAAACCAAGGUUCUGGUCAGUUUCUGAGCCAAGAUUCUACUCAGUUCCACAACCAAAAUAUUAAUCAGUUCGAAGACCAGGAUUUCCAGAACCAGGACUCCAGCCAGUUCCAGAAUCAGGAUUCUACCCAAUUCCAGAAUCACAAAUCCACCCUGCUCCAGAAUCAGGGUUCUCGCUUCCAGAACCAGGAGUCCACCCAGUUCCAGAAUCAGGGUUCUCGCUUCCAGAACCAGGAUUCUUCUCAAUUCCAGAACCAGGAGUCCACCCAGUUCCAGAAUCAGGGUUCUCGCUUCCAGGACCAGGAUUCUUCUCAAUUCCAGAACCAGAAGUCCACCCAGUUCCAGAAUCAGGAUUCUUCUCAAUUCCAGAGUCAGGAUUCUCCUCGCUUCCAGAACAAGGAUUCAACCCAAUUCCAGAACCAGGAGUCCACCCAGUUCCAGAGUCAGGGUUCCGCUCGCUUCCAGAACCGGGAUUCAACCAAAUUCCAGAACCAGGAGUCCACACAGUUCCAGAGUCAGGGUUCUGCUCGCUUCCAGAACCAGGGUGGUAGUCAGUUCCAGAAUCAAGACUCUACUAAGUUCCAGAAUCAAAACUUUAGACAGUUCCAGAACCAAGAAUCUGAUAACAUCCAAAACCAAGAUUCCGCUCAGUUCCAAAAGCAAGAGUCUACACAAUUCCAGAACCAAGAUUCCACUCAGUUUGAAACUGGAACCAGUCGAAUCCAUGUGCAUAAUGGGCACCAACGUACAAUUGGAUUUAAAGAACGGAAAACAUUGCAAGACCAAGGUGUGGGCCAGUUCCAGGACCAAGAUACCAUUCAGCCACAAAUUCGGAAUCAGGAUACUAAUCAGUUCCAAGACCAGAGAGUAGACACAUUCCAGAAUGAAGAUUCUAAUCAGUUCCAGAACCUAGAUGCUGUUCCAUUCCAGAACCAGAGAGUAGACACAUUCCAGAAUGAAGAUUCUAAUCAGUUCCAGAAUCUAGAUACGGUUCCAUUCCAGAACCAGGGUGUGGUGCGCAUUCAAAGUCCAAGUAGCAGAAGAUUCCCAGUUCAAGGCAUUAGACGGUUCCCAUUUAGAUAUAGGAAUCGUUUCCAGCAGCAACCCAUAAAUUCUUUCCAGACACAGAAAAAUAGGCCCCAGUUACAAGAAAGGGACCCGUUAGAUGAAGACUACCUGUCAGGGCAAGUAAGUGAUAGUUCAGCAACCUUGGACAAUGAAGAAUUUGCAAAUGAGGGAGAAGGUCAAUCCCCAGAGACAAAUUCUCAAUCUCCUCGAUAUAACAGAAGGCAGUUUGCCAUAUCUCUUAGGAAUAGAUUUUUCAAUCAAAAUGGCGAUUCUCCCUCAGAUAUACCACAAAGAAGACAGAACAUACAGGCACAAGGUGGUUCUUUUCAGCCCCAGUUACGGAAUGCCGUACGACCAAGAAUAAGAUUUGGGGCGCAGAAAGAGAAUCUUGGCCAAAGGCAGCUGCAAAUUAACCAACCUGACUCCCAGGAUAACAGCCAAUCCCAGGCUCAAUUUGGAACAGGUCAGCUAUACUCUGAAAAUCGAUUUGAGAGUCAGAACAGUGACCAACUCCAGGAACAAGAGACUGACCAAGCACCAGAUGGUUACAUCCAGCAGUUCCAGCAACAGUUCCAGACACAGAGACGAAGUCGUUUUGGAAACCAAGGAAGCUCUAAUGACUCAACAAACCAAGAUUUAGAGCAGGAUUCGACUAGACCAAAUCCCCAGUCUGAGAGUGUAAUUCAGUUUGGAAGGCCAAGAUUCGGUUCCUCCAGGCCAAACAACCAGAGAGUAUCUGGAGGUCUUCCUAGUUUACUUGCAGCAAGAGAAGAUUCUGUUCCCCCUCAGUUGAAGAAUUACAGGGAAGACCCUGUACCUUCCUGGGGCAUUCGUUACGGUGGUAUUGCAUCGAGGGUCCCUCGCCCAGGCAAUCGGUCACGCCAAAAUGCUCCAGAUGAUCUCCCAUUCGGCACUGAAACCCAACAGGAAUCAAACUACCAGGAAACCAGUCAGUAUAUCACCUCACAGGAAAAGGACGAAACACCUGGUCAGUUCUACAACACAGAGUUCAACAGUCAGGCUGCAUCCCCACAGUUUCAGGGUUUUUCCUCAGCCCAUAGCAUCCCGCAGGCAGAGGCUCCCUUUGAAAAACGCCACAGUGUUGAUCGUCCAGAGGGUGAUCGACCCGUCCGGCAGAUCCAGGGCACACUCCAUCUUCUCCAGACCCAAAACGAAAGACCAUUCUCCCCAAGUGGACCCGUGUCCUCCCAGCAGGUCUCAGGAUCUGCUGGAAAUGACAGCCAGACCCCAAGAAUACCAGGAUAUGUGCGGCCAUCGCCACAGCAGGCGUAG